UAAGCGGGCUGGUGGUGGUGUGUACGAUCUCGCGUGGCGUGCAGUUUCUCGUACGUUCAAGCACGUUUAGUGUUCGUAGCCGCAUAGUCUCUCAGUAGUAACCAUUUACGUUCUCCAAUGAGCCCUAGUUUGUUAAACAGUUUCGCGCCGCCUGAAAAUGGGGUCCGGCGGCUGCAGACAGAUACUGAAGCGGUGCUUAACGGAGAGAACCUGGGCCUGGGCACCUUAUACAUCGCGGAGAGUCGUCUCUCGUGGCUAAAUGGAGCUGGACUGGGGUUCUCGUUGGAAUAUCCAUCGAUCGGUUUACAUGCCAUUUCUAAGGACACGGCUGCUUAUCCAGAGGAACAUCUAUAUGUUAUGGUGAAUGCCAAACUGGGAGAUAAUGAAGAAAAAGAAACAAUUGCUGAGGACGAAGGUGUAGAAGAUGAUGAGGAGAGCGAUGACGAUGAUGAGCAGGCGAUAACAGAAAUACGUUUUGUUCCAACUGAGAAAUCAGCUUUAGGGGAAAUGUUUUCAGCUAUGUGCGACUGCCAAGCUCUCCACCCAGACCCUGAGGAUGAAGAUUCUGAUGAUGAUGAUUUUGAAGGAGAAGAGUACGAUGUUGAGGCAUAUGAACAAGGGCAGGGCGAUAUCUCAACAUUUUACACCUAUGAAGAAGGGCUGUCACAUUUAACCCCCGAAGGCCAGGCCACUCUCGAGAGGUUUGAGAACAUGCUCGCCAACUCGGUUAGUGGUCAGCACACCAUGGCUGGGGUCCGAACAGAAGGCUCUGCACUGGAUUAUGAAGAUGGGAUGGAUGUGGAAGCUGCUCCGCCAGUAGCAGGACAGUUUGAAGAUGCAGAUGUUGAUCACUGACCUACUUAGUGGUGUUUCCGGUGACAGAUGUGGAUGCCUUUUGACCAAGUUAAACUUACAUGUACUGUGCAACAUCUUGUAAAAGAACAAUGCAACUUAAAUUUUUAAUAGACUUUGUCCUUUUGUUUCAUAUUAGUCAUUCCAACAUCAACUCACAAUUCACAAUGUCCUGGUUCCAGAUAAUCUCCCCCUCAGCAAUCUGUCAACUGAUUGUAGAUCCUAUUAACUCUACUGCCACCUCUAGCCGUUAUGAAGUUAAAUUAUUUAAAAGAUGUUUACACCAUUAAUAUCUCUUCCCUUCCAGCAUUUCAUCAUGAAUUUGCAGUGUUCUAGAUUUGUACUAGAAUACUUAGUCUUCAGUUUAAUUGACAAUGCUUAGUGUUUUCAAUUACUUGGUUUAUAUUAGUUGAGGGGAAAAAAUUACUACUUGCUUUGUUUCAAGCAGUUUAAGCCAUUACAAUGUGUUUUUCUGUUAGCCGUUUUAGAUGAAAAAGAAGUCUGGAACGAAAAACUAAAACGCUGUUCUAAAAUAUAACGGUAUUUGUAACCGUUCUUAAUGUUAAAUAAAAAUAGGUUUUGUAUCUAACAGUGUAA